UAAACUCAAAAUUUUGGCAGCCAUUCAAACUAUUGGUGGCUUGAAAUUCGCCUCUUACAUAUACAGGCGUGUAAUCUAUAGUUUCUGCUUUUCAUUCAAUUCUUUGUCGAAGCUUAAAUUCGCAUAUGUUUUGGUGUAUCUGAAUGUGGGUUUCUCAAAAGGAUUAGGGCAUUGCUUCAUUGAUAUGGUUCAAAAUGUUAGCUGCGUAUCCUUCGGGAACUAUCAACAAAUCCCAAACUACUUUUCGCUGCAAUGCCGCCUUGCGCAGAUACAAAACCGCGCUUUUUAGUCCUCUGAUUAGCAGUUGUUCUGUCUCUAAGGGAGCAAAAGUUCAUCGGAGCAAUGUAAAGUGUCAUCAUUUAUAUUUUUAUCCACAAGGCCAAAUUCAUCAUCAGAGGAGAUUCAUAAUUUGUCGCUCACGCAACAACACGGUUUCACCAGAUGAUGAGUACCGUUCAUCACGUAACAUAGCUAUAAGUCUCUUAAGACGUUACAGGACCGUGAUUGAACGUGGUCAAGGCGAAACCUUAAAAGAAUUCAUUUCCGCUGGUGUCAACGCAUACGCACUCGGUUGCACAGAAGAAGAUUUAAGAAAAGAACUUAUGGCAAUGCAAGAAUCAGGUUUAGAGAUCGAACGAGUGGAGAGUUACCACGGAAGCACACAGACUAAAUCCAAGAUUUUGCUGUCCGAGGUAGAUGAAUGCAUAUUGUGGCUUAGCAUUGUAUUCAUAACAAUAUUGUGUACGCCGCAACCAACGGUAGUGAGAUGGUCAUCGACUCCUUCGGUUUCCGAUGAAAUUCUAAGUAAAUGGAGAGGCUUUUGCGCGGUUAUAGCCAAUGCAUACUAUAUUAGGGGAAUGGCAUGGCUGCCGGUGAAGACUCUUCAGUUGGAGCAGAUGGCAGUGAUGGGACAAGCGGAGGAGCCAUCGGUUGUGGCUAGCCGAAUGCGACUUGUCUUUAGCACUCUCGAGGUAGUGAGUCCUCAAUGGCCACGGGUUUAAAUAUAAUUUGCAGUAUACGGCGUUAGAUAUUGCUAACAGCCUAACACUAAAUGAUUAAGCUGUAAUUCAAUGUCUCUUUAUAGUUUAUAUAUGAUGUUCUUUGAAUCGUCUAUUUGUCAAAAUGUUCUAUCGUUUUAUUAAUCCGAUAAUGUAAUACAUACAAUAAAGUGUAGCAUGUGUGAUGUAUAAAUAGAGUACCAUAACAUUAUUAGUUUA